AUGAUUCGCCAUGAAAGUUCGGAUUUUCUACGACAAAAACAGGCACAAUGGGAACGGGAGAAAGCCGAAUCAGAAGCUCGAUCCGAAUGGUUUCCGUUUGGUGAGAAUUUGACGCCCGGUGGUGGAUCUCCAUUGAGGAAGUUUGAGCCAAAAGAGUCUGUGGAACAUUCUACUAGUGAAAGCAGUGAAAAAGCUUCAACAAGCAUGCAUCAAGCACCCGCCACGUCUACGGACGAAAACCCGCCGAUUGAGAGCGAUGUUCCAAUGCACCAUGUCUAUCCUUCUCACCACCAUCAUCAACAUUAUCAAUUGCCACAUCUACAACAGCAUCCUCAUCCAUACUCAUAUCCAUUGUAUACAUUUCCAUAUCCAAUUGCUCCCGCAUUCCAUCAGGCUCAAAAUCCUCCGAUGACGUCAUCAGUGGCUUCUGGAGCUAAUGGUGAACAUCACCAUCAACCACAACAGUUUUUUGCUCCACAAUAUCAAGUGAUCCCGGCUGGUGCCAUUCCUGUCAGCACUAUUAAUAUUGAUCCAUCGCAAAUCUGUCCGGUUGAUCAGAUGGGAAUGUGGACAUUACCACCACCGACUGGCCCCAAUGGAAUGCGUUAUGGUAUACCAAUUCCGGCGCCACUUGUUCCACAAAUCACUUCAUCAAUAAUGGAAGCAUCCAAAAUGACGUCAUCUACACAUACAAAUGCAACAAUUUUGAAUGCAAUGACUGCGUCAACGUCUUCAAAUGAUUCUUCAUCUGAAUCUGGAGUUAGUGGUGUAAAGGAAGCAAAGGAUGAGAAGAAAAAGUCAAAAAUUCAAGCAGAUGAAAAGCUUCGGCACGAGGAAAGACAAUCAACUUCGGAUUAUACAGAUGAUGAUCCGAUUCCAUUCACCUCACGUCGUAGCAUAACUGGAUCUGUAUCCUACAACUAUGCUGAACAGAUUGCAGAGCGUCGCCGCGUUGAGCAGCAACAAGAGGAUCGAGAACGACAGGAAAUGCUAGAAGUUGAACGACAACGACGAGUUUUGGAGGAUCGACGAAAUUCUGAAGAAGAGAUUCGCAAGCAAGCAGAGCUGGACAGGGUUGAGAAAGAUCGACUUCGUAUGGAACAGGCGGCUGCUGCAAUGGAAAAAGCCAGAAAAGAGGCAGAACUCGCGAAACGUGCCAGAAUCUACAAACACGUAUUCCGCGGUGCCGAAGAGGAAGGUGGCACCGAGCAACUCGAAGAGCUCGAGCAAAAGAUUCUCGGUGUUGAUAUCGAGACGGGACGACGUCUUUUAAAGGAAGUAUCUGAAGUUGAGUGGCACAAAAAACAAGAUGAGGCAGAGAUUCGCAAAAAUGCACCACCGCAAUCCGAUAGAAGUGCUCACAACUUGUCGUCGUUGAGCAGUGGAAAUCAAUCGGCUCGUGGAAGAUCUUCUUCGAUUAGCUCACCGUGCAAACCGGACACCUCAUUCACAAGGAAUUCGAUUGGAAGGAGAUCAGUGAGAACUACGAGUCGGGAGAAGCAGCAAGAAUCACCGAAAAGCUCCGAUCAAGCAGUGCAACACCCGUUGGCAGCAUCUACUCCAGUUCGUCGACCGCCUCGACAGCCUCAGGCUCUUCCAACACAAGACGAAAUCCACGUGGCGAGAGAAGUACCUCUCGCAAAUAAGUCUACAACUCCGUCGCCGACAAGAUCUGAAAUGCUCCGAUCUGCGGCGAUCUAUUGUCCCAUAAAUCGGGAUCCGUUGUCGCAACGAGAAGAACUACGGGCCAUUAAUAGGUCGACCAGCAAUACGGGUGCUUAUCACAACAACAAUAACAACAACAAUAGCAAAUUUGAGGGAGCCGGUGUGAGCAGAUAUAAUGAGAUUACGCAAACCGCACUUUUCGGACCAAUUGCCACACGUAACAGCAUCAGAAGAGGAACAAUGAGAGGAACUGGACUUCCAUCACCGCCAUCAGUUCGAGUUUCGACACAAAACCAUCAGAAUCAGCAGAGAACAUCUAGUUUCGAUGAGAGCAGUAGCGGAGGAGAAGAAGGUGGCAGCAUUUCACCAGAUUUGGGACAUAAGAAUUUUGAAUCGCCACUCCCGUCGUCUACUGAAAACGUACAUCCUGCAUCGAAUUCACCGCCAAUGAAACAAAUUGAAGGAUUUGAGUUUAAGACACCAACACGAGCACGCAGCGCACUCAGUUCACCGAUGAGCAAUUUCAUGAACGGCGGAGACAACGAUUCACCGAUUUCUCGUCCGGCUUCACGUUUGAUGCAACGUCUGGAACAGAAGGGCACAAUUCGCAGAGAUGAUGAAAUUAUUUCACAAGAGAUUCGCCGCGUCGCAGAGACGAAUCUCUCACGAUCACCGUCUCUGGCGUCACUUCGUGGUUCAAUGUCGAAUUUGGCUUUUCGUGCGAGUCAACUGAAUCUGGCUGGUACUUCUGGAGAAUUGCCGCCAAAUCUCACUAAAUUCGCGAGCGUGAACUCACCAGCACGUCAAUCACUGUCAUCAAUGAAAAAGACUACGGAUCGUCAAGCUGCAGUUCUUGAACGUCUUGGACGUCUCCGCGAAUCACUUCAUGCCGGCAAGAACUACACACCGCCACGCAACGGAAUCUCAUCAUCAUCACGUAUCACAACUCCCGCUCAGACUCCGCCAAUCUCACCGCGCCCUGUUAUGUAG